UUGUAAAGGUUACUUCAUACACGCUUAUGGGCCACUUGAAGACGCACUGCAGAGGUAGGGAGAGAUCAUGAUGAAAAUGUAAAAAAUUGAAAUAACAACAGAAAGAAAGAAAAAGUCAGAGUUAGACUUAAUGGUUGGACGAUGACAGAGGUGGGGAUUUUAACACGAUUCCGUGUCGUCGUCGCCCGUGUGAGCCUUCUUUCCCGAUGUGGAAAGUGGCUUGAUGAGUGUCCAAAGUAGCAGCGGCAGCAGUGGAAGUUUGGAGGGACCGCCAUCUUGGUCCCAGUUCUCAUCUCAAGCACCGGGCUUGGUUUCUCAACAAAAUAUCUCUGCACCGGUGAAGGCCAGGGAAGGUGGGAUGGAGGAGCUGCAGUCUCUGGACCCGCGGAGGCAGGAGCUGCUGGAGGCGCGCUUCAUGGGCGCGGCAGGAGGAGGCAGCACGGGGGGCAGCACGGGCAGUGCCAGCGGGGGCGCAAAAGGCUUGACUAACAACGAAUGCUCCAAUCACAGCUUUGGCAGUUUGGGCUCAUCCAGCGACAAAGAGUCAGAGAACUCUGACAUGAAGAGAGGUGGUUCGCCCGCAUAUUCGACUCCCGAAAAGAAGCACUCGGAAACCUCCAGAGGCCGGAAGAGGAAAGCUGCUGACAACCAAUCGGAGAGCAACCAAGGGAAGUCGUCUGCAAGAGGAGGGCCCAAAAUCAGCGACUAUUUUGACUUUCAGGGGGGGAAUGGCUCUAGUCCGGUGAGAGGUCUUCCCCCAGUGCUCCGUUCCCCUCAGAAUUCACAUUCCCACUCAGCACCUGGCUCCAUUAUCAGACAGAACAGCUCCUCUCCAACCAGCCUUUGCUCUGCGGACCACAUGAUGCACCCUAAACAGCUCAGCAGCAGGAGCAUGCAGACGGACAUGACGCUGCUGAAGCUGGCAGCUCUCGAGAGCAACAAGAAUCAGGACCUGGAGAAGAAGGAGGGGAGGAUAGACGAUCUGCUCAGGGCAAACUGUGACCUCAGGAGACAGAUAGACGAGCAGCAGAAGCUCCUGGAGAAGUACAAGGAGCGCCUGAACAAGUGCAUCACCAUGAGCAAGAAGCUGCUCAUCGAGAAGAGCACACAGGAGAAGCAGUCGUGUCGGGAGAAGAGCAUGCAGGACCGGCUGCGCCUGGGCCACUUCACCACCGUCAGACACGGAGCCUCCUACACGGAGCAGUGGACUGACGGCUACGCCUUCCAGAACCUCGUCAAGCAGCAGGAGUGGGUGAACCAGCAGAGGGAGGACAUUGAGAGGCAGAGGAAGCUCCUGGCCAAGCGCAAGCCUCCCAGCUCCAACCCCUCCCAGAGCCCCUCCCCCAACAGCGAGGCCAAGCAGAGGAAAACCAAAGCAGUCAACGGCGCCGACAACGACCCCUUCCUCAAACCCAGCCUGCCCACGCUGCUGACUCUAGCAGAAUAUCAUGAGCAAGAGGAGAUCUUCAAACUGAGGCUCGGCCAUCUGAAGAAGGAGGAGGCCGAGAUCCAGGUGGAACUUGAACGACUGGAGCGUGUGAGGAACCUCCACAUUCGAGAGCUGAAGAGGAUCAACAAUGAAGACAGCUCUCAGUUCAAAGACCAUCCCACUCUGAAUGAGCGCUACCUGCUGCUGCACUUGCUAGGCCGAGGAGGCUUCAGCGAAGUUUACAAGGCGUUUGACUUGUUCGAGCAGCGCUACGCUGCAGUCAAAAUCCACCAGCUCAACAAGAACUGGAGGGAGGAGAAAAAGGAGAACUACCACAAACAUGCCUGUCGAGAGUACAGGAUCCACAAGCAACUGGACCAUCCCAGAAUAGUCAAAUUGUAUGAUUAUUUUUCCUUGGACACAGACACGUUCUGCACGGUUCUUGAGUUCUGCGAGGGGAACGAUCUCGACUUCUACCUGAAGCAGCACAAGCUGAUGUCUGAGAAGGAGGCGCGCUCCAUCAUCAUGCAGAUCAUCAACGCGCUCAAGUACCUCAAUGAGAUCAAACCGCCCAUCAUCCACUACGACCUUAAGCCAGGCAACAUCCUGUUGGUGGACGGGACAGCCUGUGGUGAGAUUAAGAUCACAGACUUUGGCCUGUCCAAGAUCAUGGAUGACGACAAUUACGGCGUGGAUGGGAUGGACCUCACUUCACAAGGGGCCGGAACAUACUGGUACCUGCCUCCAGAGUGUUUUGUCGUGGGAAAAGAACCUCCAAAGAUCUCCAAUAAAGUAGACGUUUGGUCUGUGGGAGUCAUAUUCUUCCAGUGUCUGUACGGCCGCAAGCCGUUUGGACACAACCAGUCUCAGCAGGACAUACUUCAGGAGAACACCAUCCUCAAAGCCACUGAGGUGCAGUUCCCUGUCAAACCCGUCGCCAGCAACGAGGCCAAGGCGUUUAUCCGGCGCUGCCUGGCCUACAGGAAGGAGGACCGCUUCGACGUGCAGCAGCUGUGCAGUGACUCGUACCUGCUGCCCCACAUGCGGCGCUCCAAUUCGUCGGGCAACCUGCAAGCCCCGCCCUCUAGCCCCGCCUCCUCAGGCAUCAUCUCCUACUGAGCAACCGCCAGAUUGGCUGAUCGACCUGACUUGACACGUCAUCUGUCCAACCAUGCCCCCUAACGCCUGUCCCUGAGAUGUGAUGCGAUUUGAUGUCUGAUAGAGGG